CUCUCAGUGACUACCAGGAGGGUGAACUCACUACGACCUGGCUCUCAGUGGCCCUAUAAAUCAUCAACAAGAUAAGGUUGGCGUCUCACAACUCAGCAUUAAUAAUCUUGCUGUCAAGAAAGAAAAAUCUGUAAGGACGCCAAUGAACACUCCUGGAGAUUAUAAUGCAUCAUGUGUUUUGAAAAUGGAAGAGAACAGCAUUGCUAAAUGCUCCUCAGACACAAUACUAGAGGGCAGUAUUGAUGAGCAUGCUUCAGACACAAUACUAGAGGGCAGUAUUGAUGAGCAUGCUUCAGACACAAUUACUAGAGGGCAGUAUUGGUGAGCAUGCUUCAGACACAAUACUAGAGGGCAGUAUUGGUGAGCAUGCUUCAGACACAAUACUAGAGGGCAGUAUUGGUGAGCAUGCUUCAGACACAAUACUAGAGGGCAGUAUUGGUGAGCAUGCUUCAGACACAAUACUAGAGGGCAGUAUUGGUGAGCAUGCUUCAGACACAAUACUAGAGGGCAGUAUUGGUGAGCAUGUUUCAGACACAAUACUAGAGGGCAGUAUUGGUGAGCAUGUUUCAGACAAUUCUGUUAUGCCAGCUCUUCAGUCUUCAGUGUAUGAUGAAACAUUGACCAGAAGUGUGACAUUUGAUUGCAGAGGAGAGCUUAAUGAGAGCACAGAGAAUGAAGACAGCACAGAUAUUAAUAAAGAACUAGAUGAUGCACUUGAUGAAGGAAAGAAAAAUCUGUAAGGACGCCAAUGAACACUCCUGGAGAUUAUAAUGCAUCAUGUGUUUUGAAAAUGGAAGAGAACAGCAUUGCUAAAUGCUCCUCAGACACAAUACUAGAGGGCAAUAUUGAUGAGCAUGCUUCAGACACAAUACUAGAGGGCAGUAUUGGUGAGCAUUCUUCAGACACAGUACUAGAGGGCAGUAUUGAUGAGCAUGCUUCAGACACAAUACUAGAGGGCAGUAUUGAUGAGCAUGCUUCAGACACAAUACUAGAGGGCAGUAUUGGUGAGCAUGUUUCAGACAAUUCUGUUAUGCCAGCUCUUCAGUCUUCAGUGUAUGAUGAAACAUUGACCAGAAGUGUGACAUUUGAUUGCAGAGGAGAGCUUAAUGAGAGCACAGAGAAUGAAGACAGCACAGAUAUUAAUAAAGAACUAGAUGAUGCACUUGAUGAAGGAUAUAUGGGAAUGGAGUGCACAUUAGAGAGAGGAUUUUCUCUGAGUGAUGCUGGUAUUGCUCGUGAUUUACGAGAAGAGCGCUACCACCAAGUGUCUCUCAAGUACCAGCACAAUGCUGCCGCAAUGGCCAGAUAUCGUCAUGCUCUCAGCCACUUCAUUCCUCUCCGCAGAUCACCUAAGGAAAAGGAUGAAAUGCCAGUGGACAGUGCUGGGCUGUACAGCUUUGCCACCGUCUCGUGGAUCACCAAGUUGAUGUGGAAAGCUUACAAGACAGGUCUCAAAGAUGAAGAUAUUCCAAUUUGCUCAAAAUAUGAUAUGUGUGACUACAAUGUUGACAGAUUGGAGAUUUUAUGGAAUGAAGAAGUUAAGAGGAGUAAGGGGGACCAAGCUUCACUACAUCAAGCUGUGUGGAAGUUCCUCAGAACUAGACUACUCUUUGCUAUCUUCAUAUUUCUUCUCAAUCUUAUAUUGGGAUUUAUUGGACCUACAAUGUUCAUGCGCUACCUACUGACCUGGAUGACAACAGAGGAAGCAGUGGGUGUGGGUCUGGUCUGGACAGCUGCGCUGCUCAUCACUGAGUUUUUUCGCAACAUUCUCUUCUGUCUGGUGUGGUGUGUCAACUAUAGAAAUGGGAUACGAUUAAGAGCUGCAUGUCUUGGACUGGUUUACAAGAAACUGAUGAGGAUGUCAACACUUGGUAGCAGAAAUGUUGGUGAAGUAAGUUGUCAUUGUUGAUGGUAGCAGUAGUGUGUGCGUGCUUCUGUCUUAUAAAGUGUGGGUGAAGUAAGUUGUCAGUGUUGAUGGUAGCAGUAGUGUGUGUGUUUCUGUCUUAUAAAGUGUGGGUGAAGUAAGUUGUCAGUGUUGAUGGUAACAGUAGUGUGUGUUCUUCUGUCUUAUAAAGUGUGGGUGAAGUAAGUUGUCAGUGUUGAUGGUAACAUCAAUGUGUGUGCUUCUGUCUUAUAAAGUGUUGGUGAAGUAAGUUGUCAUUGUUGAUGGUAACAGUAGUGUGUGUGC